UUGACCAGUGCUCGAAUCGAUGUUUACAUCGAUUCGAAAGUCAGUAGCUCUCCUCUCGUUGAUCUAUUCUCACCGAGAGCCUCAAGCUCGCUCAAUUUUUUUUUUUGGUAUAAAAAUGGCCGCAAAACGCCGGGGAAUGCAAGAGGCCAACGAAGAACGGUACUCAGAUGCUUCCCUUGUCAAUGACGAGACGAAUGAUUUACCCCGGGCCCGACGAUCGAUUCAAGAAGGCGAAUCGGAAACGGACGGCGGCGAUGCCGCGACAAAUAAUCCAAGUAUUCAAAUACGUAGCGGUAGAUUAUUGAUCGAGGAUAAGGAUGCGGAAAAGGAUGACUAUCCCGCGAGGGAUAAUCCACCACCCGAGCGCCGCCGACGAUCCUUUCAAACGAACGAACCUGCUCAAAGCCGUAAUAAUAGCGGCCUGGUACUGAUCGAAGACGUCGAACCAGAAAGCGACGGCUAUCAACCGUUGACCAUCGAAGAGAUCGAUCUCGAGAAAAACGAUCCAGCCUAUAACCCGAUGCUCGACGAAGACUCGUCGGACGCGAACUUGUACGACGUGUACAGAAUGUUGGCGGACAUUGAGAGGCGUUUACAACCCGCCUUGCCACCGCUUGAAAACGAACCGCGAGUAAACGGCGACUUGAACAAUUUGAACGAUCCUCAGCUCGUUCAGCCAAGACCGAUCCCAGCGAACGCUAUAGAUUGGGGUCUUCUAGGCGACGAACCGAGAGACGGCGAAAAUGUGCUCGACUAUUUUAUUCGGCACGUAGUAGAGCGAGGAAGCGAAUCGGAGAUAGAGAACGACUCGGAAACGGAGCGACACGAGCGCCGAGGACCUCUCGAAGCGGAGCGGCAUUUUUACGAUUGCACAUUGAGAAGCAUUACGAAUAAAAUAAGGAUGGCAGCCGUUAAAGCCGUGACCCACGAUCCGGAUCAAGCUCGAUCGUUAGCCUUUAGAGAAGCGUGCGAGAGAGCUCUUGCGAUUUAUGAGAACGCGCGUCCACAGCCACUCCAAGAUAAUUAAGUAAAACCUAUAAAUCACUAUACAUUUUUCGUGAAAUAAAAAAACAAUUUUCGCGUAGAAGACGUCUGUACAUUUCUCAAUUUGUUAAAAUAAUAAUAAUAAUAAUUUGGAAAAGAAAUGGAAAA